UGUUUUAUCUUAUUCUAACUUUCAAAUAAUAUUUUUGCAAGUUUACCAAAGCUGAGAGAAACAACACAAAAAUAGUACGAUGUAUGAAAGCAUUUACAACAUAAGAUUACCAGAAGUAAAGCAGGAUUUAUGUAUUGCAAUUAUAGAAUGUAACAAAAGAGGACUGCUUCACUGUUCGAAAUGGUUGGCCGAAUUAAAUCAUGGUUUAUGUGAUAUUGAGAUUUCAAAAGAUUUUACUAAAAAUAUGAUGUCGGAGAUUAGUGACGAGGAUUAUGAUAAUUAUUGUGUUGCAAAAUCCUAUUAUGAUACAAGAGAAUAUGAUCGCGCUGCGUAUUUUACACGUAAUUGUAGUUCACCGGUUCCAAAAUUUUUGCAUUAUUAUUGUACCUACAUGGCGAAAGAAAAAAAACGAUUAGACAAUAUAACGGAUGCCUCAAAUUUAAAUAAUACUAAACAAGACAAAGGAUUUUCAGAUUUAUAUUCUAUAUUAAAGAGCGAAUAUAAUAAAAAAAGCUUAGAUGGGUACUGCCUCUAUUUAUAUGGAAUAGUUUUAAAGAAUUUGAAUUUAAAUCAAGCUGCAACUAAAGUUUUAAUUGAAUGUAUACAGACAACACCAAUGUUAUGGAGUGCUUGGAUUGAAUUAGCACCAUUAAUAGCAGAUAAAGAAAAAUUAUUAAGUUUGAAUUUACCAAAUCAUUGGAUGAAGCAAAUAUUUUUAGGUCAUGCUUAUAUUGAGUUGUAUCUUAAUGACGAAGGUUUUAAGCAAUUCGAAGCAUUAGAAGCAAUAGGAUUUGAAAAAUGUACAUACAUAUUAUCCCAAAUAGCAAUUGCUUAUCAUAACAAAAGAGAUGUAGAUAAAGCUAUAGAAACAUUUCAAAUGCUUCAAGAAGCUGAUCCGUACAGGCUAGACAAUUUAGAUACUUUUUCAAACUUAUUAUUUGUGAAAGACUUGAAAACUGAAAUGGCGUCAUUAGCGCACAAAGCAGUCGAAAUCAAUAAAUACAGACCGGAAACUUGCUGUGUUAUAGGAAAUUAUUAUAGCAUUAGAUGUGAACAUCAAAAAGCAAUUACAUAUUUUCAAAGGGCUUUAAAAUUAAAUCCACAAUAUUUAUCGGCGUGGACCUUAAUGGGACAUGAAUUCAUGGAAUUGAAAAAUACUAAUGCAGCCAUUCAAAGUUACAGGAAAGCAGUCGAAAUUUACAAACGUGAUUACAGGGCUUGGUAUGGAUUAGGUCAAGCAUAUGAAAUUUUAAAAAUGCAUUAUUACAGUCUAUACUACUUUAAAAUUGCACAUCAAUUGCGACCGUACGAUAGCCGUAUGUUAGUUGCUUUAGGUGAAACCUUCGAAAAAUUAGAAAAAAGCGCUAACGCAAUAAAGUGUUAUGAGAAAGCUUGUAAUGUGGGGGAUAUUGAAGGUGUCGCUUUAUUUAAGUUAGCAUAUUUACACGAAAAGUUGGGAAGUAUUGAAAACGCUAUACCCUCAUAUCGAUCAUACUGCCUGGAUGAAAGAGCUACAGUUGAUAAACAAUCAUUAUAUCACGCUUACAUUACAUUAGGAAAUUAUUACGAAAGCAAAGGAAACUAUGAUGAAGCAUCACAUUUUGCUUACAAAUGUUUGGAUUCAGAAGAAAAAAAAUCAGAAGCCAAAGCUUUACUUAAAACAAUUGAAAAUAAAAGAGCUCAAAAUGCUGCUGCGACGCAAGUAAUAACUGAAAAAUCAAUAAAUGAAACUGAUGCUGGUAUGAACACAAGUGAAAUGUCGUUUGCAACACCUUCUCGAGCUCGACCUGCUAAUGAAGAUACCGACAUUAUUCGAAUACAUAUUGAGGCAGAUUGGGAUUCAGAAACCGAUACAGGCGAAAAAAAUAAUGAAGAUUCUAUGGAUAUAUCUGUUUCUAUGGAUUAGAAAUUAUUUUUACAUAAUUUACUUAGUUUUUACAUAAUUUUGUUUAUAAAUAAGUAUAUUAAAAUACAAAAAUUUUUCUUUAUAAAAACGAAAAUUUUUAAAAUUUUGAUUUUGACCGAAAACCAAAGUAUGUAUA